UUUCCUUCAUAUUUUAUCUGUUUUGAUCACGAUUUUUUUUUUGCUGUUUGAUGUCAUGUAGCUGUCAAUUGUAUUUACUAAUAAACUAAUUUACUUUGGUUUCUCGAUUUCAAAGCUUCUGUGGAGUGCACUGUACUCUCUGUUUACAUAUUAAAAGUAAUAUAACAUUAUAAAUGUCUCUUUAAAUCGUGACAUUUACUUAACAUAUAUACCAACAUUCUCGAACUAUUUUUUUUGUUACUUUAUGUCAUAGAAAUAUGGAGUCAAACGGACGAUUUAUUGUGUUAUUAUUAUUUUUAAACACUCAAGUUAAUUCUCAACUUUAUGACGUUCACUGGCUCAACGAAACCAAGCUGACCCUACCCGAGCAUAAUGUGCAGUCCUUGAAACAAAAUAUUGACAUUUACUGCUACAAUGGAACCGCGAAAAACUUAUUGACGCUGUGGCAAACCGUCAAGUUCCAAAUAAAAAUAAAAAAUGACGAAUUCAGUCAGUACCUUGGUGAAAACCCAGAAGAGGUCUAUAAAGAGUAUGAGAACGAUUAUGGUCUGACCAGUAAUCUAUUCAGGAAGAAAUCUUACAAGACUGUGUCGCUGGAUAUUUUCAGAUCUACUUGUAUGGCACUUAACACUAAACAGAACUACAAUAUUGAAUUACACAUUCAGAGGGUCGAUCUUUGGCGUGUUCUGAUGAUGGUUAUCGGUGUAUCCCUUAUAUUUGCAUCUCGGUCCUUGAGCGGCAACCCUGUGUUCUUUUACUUGUGUGGUAUUGUGGUUGGUGUGUCAGCCUCAUUCAUGGUCCUUGUUUACUACGUUACGAGAUUCAUACCGGGGAGAACCUUAACUUACGGUCUUUUAAUCGGUGGUUGGACAGUAGGUGUCUACUUAGUGCAGCAGCUGUGGGAGAACAUACAAAGUAUUGUGGCAACAUACAGUGCGUACUUAUUUUGGUACAUCUUGAUAGCAGCCUUCAUAAGUUUCUUAAUCUGCUAUAGAGUCGGACCACCAAAGAACCAGAGAAGUAAAAACCUAGUCAUGUGGACUUUGCAGGGUGUGGGUGCCUUAGUAACAGUGUUCAGCAGUCAGUAUCAAGAAGCAUCCACAGCCGUCGCAAUACUCUCACUGGGAGCCAAGUACUUCCCGAAAUCUCUAUUCUACUAUAUACAGGGCUAUUGGCGGCGCCGCUUCCCGCCGCGGCCGCGCCUACUGACCGACGCGCAGUACUACGAGCAGGGCGCGCGCGAGACCAAGCGCGCGCUCGACGAGCUGCGCCGCUACUGCGCCAGCCCCGACUGCAAGCAGUGGAGCAUCAUGCUCAAGCUGCACGACAGCAAGCGAUUCGCCAGUUUUGUAGAAGGCGACUCUCAUCUAAGCGACGAUGAGGUACUAAAUUACGAGUCUUACGCGUUCUCCAUGGAACACCCCAAACCCGUCGCUAACUCCACAAGGAACAUGGAGAUAUCCGAUGAUGACUCAGACUACGAUGAUGAUGACUGAGAUGAUGAAAAGUCGAUAUGGUCUUCACUGAAAGAAACAUUUCAGAAGGAAAUUCGACGAGUCGAUGAAGUUUGUUGUUCCCAGAUUUGGGAUGAUUUGGUGAGUGUUGUCGAAUGUUUUAUGACAAUGGCUAAUUGUAACAUUACAUACAUUAGGGUUA